CUGAUGUUUUCUUCCAACUUGCUUCUUAACCCUGCCCAUUGAAUACAUCAAAAAUAAGAAUCCAAGCACAUAACUUCUUUUGCAUCUUUUGCUUUCUUUCAACAAGACUACAAACUAGUUGUCUAGAAUUCCAAAUUAGAUGGAGGAUUAUAUAGUGAAUUGGAUUUUUCGCGGGGUGGUUCUUUGGGCUGUAACAUUCAUGCUCAUCAGACGAGCUCUUCCCAAGAGAUCUUUCAACUUCUGCAAUCGAAUCGUCUCCACAAUCCAUGCAUCGCUUGCUGUCUCUUUGUCAAUCCUCUCUGUGCAGGAUUGGAGCUGUCCAGUAUGCCCUUUAGCUUCCAAAUCUUCCCAGUUACAGAUGAAAACACUAGCGAUCACUCUCUCAUAUAUGAUCUAUGAUUUUAUAUGCUGCCAAUUCGACAAACAAAUGAGUAUUGACAACUCGGUGCAUCAUGUUGUAAGCAUAGUUGGCAUUGGAGCAGGCCUUGCCUAUGAACAAUGCGGUUCUGAAAUGGUUGCCGCGUUAUGGAUCACUGAGAUCUCCAGUCCUUUCUUGCACAUGAGGGAGAUUCUGAAAGAACUUGGCUACAAAGAUACAGAUCUUAAUUUACUAUUUGAUAUUCUCUUUGCGGUAAUUUUCUCCCUGUCAAGAAUGGUUGCGGGACCCUACCUCACUUAUUUAACUUUGAUGGCAGAGAAUCCCAUCAUUGUUAAGAUGAUGGCAAUGGGGCUGCAACUGGUGAGUGCCUUCUGGUUCUACAAGAUCGUUAGAAUGGUGAGAUAUAAAUUGACCAGAAAAUUUGCAUCAGAAAAGUCAGCAAAAGAGAAAAGCUGAAGAAUAAUUGUUCAGAUUCAUUACUUGCCCAAACUUACCAUAUUUUGGUUGGUCCAAACUCUAAUGUUCUCAGAGUUGUUAAUCAGUGUUUGAACAUUCUUUUCUUUUAUUUAUUUAUUUUUCAAUAGUUGAGCAAGGCGAAGAUCUAUAUUUAGUGCCUUUC